CCAUCUACCCAGACAGAAGGAGGCAGCAGGGCCUGCAAGGCAUAGGCUGGCCCAACCCAGACUCCUCCAGCCACCCCUGGUCAGGAGUCAGAGAAGGAUGCUACAGCUGAGCCUGUCCUGGCUGGGCCUGGGGCCUGCAACAGCUUCCCUGUGGCUGUUCCUACCCCUGGCUGGGGCCUCCUGCCUCCUGGCUUACAUCCUGAGCCAGGCUCACGCUGUCUAUGAGAUCUCCCAUCGCCUUCGCUGUUUCCCUCAGCCCCCCAAACGAAACUGGCUCUUGGGUCACCUGGGCCUGAUCCAGAGCUCGGAGGAAGGGCUCCUGUACGUCCAGAGCCUGGUGCGGACCUUCAGGGAUGUGUGCUGCUGGUGGGUGGGGCCAUGGCAACCCGUCAUCUGCAUAUUCCACCCUGCCUUCAUCAAGCCUGUGCUCUUGGCUCCAGCUUCAGUUGCUCCCAAGGACACAGUCUUCUACAGUUUUCUGAAGCCCUGGCUGGGAGAUAGCCUCUUAAUGAGUGCUGGUGACAAGUGGAGCCGCCACCGGCGCAUGCUGACGCCCGCCUUCCAUUUCAACAUCCUGAAGCCAUAUGUGAAGAUUUUCAACGCCAGCACCAACAUCAUGCAUGCCAAGUGGCAGCGCCUAGCCUCCAAGGGAAGUGCCCGCCUGGACAUGUUUGAACACAUCAGCCUCAUGACGCUGGACAGUCUGCAGAAGUGUGUCUUCAGCUUCAACAGCAACUGUCAGGAGAAGCCUAGUGAGUACAUUGCUGCCAUCUUGGAACUUAGUUCUUUGGUGGCCAGAAGGCACCAGAAGCUGCAUCUGCAUGUGGGCCUGUUCUAUCACCUCACCCGGGACGGGAUGCGCUUCCAGAAGGCCUGCCGCCUAGUGCAUGACUUCACUGAUGCCAUCAUCCAGGAGCGGCGCAGCACCCUCCCUGAUCAGGUUGAUGAUGAUGUCUUCAAGGCCAAGGCCAAGGCCAAGACUUUGGACUUCAUUGAUGUGCUGCUGCUGAGCAAGGACGAACAUGGAAAGGCACUGUCUGAUGAGGACAUCAGAGCUGAGGCUGACACCUUCAUGUUUGGAGGCCAUGACACCACGGCCAGUGGGCUCUCCUGGAUCCUGUACAACCUGGCAAGACACCCGGAAUACCAGGAUCGCUGCCGGCAGGAGGUGCAGGAUCUCCUGAGGGACCGUGAGCCUGAGGAGAUUGAAUGGGACGACCUGGCGCAGCUGCCCUUCCUCACCAUGUGCAUCAAGGAGAGUCUGCGGCUGCAUCCCCCUGUCAUGGCUAUCUCCCGUUGCUGCGCUCAGGACAUUGUGCUCCCAGACGGCCGGGUCAUCCCCAAAGGUGUCAUCUGCAGAAUAAGUAUUUUCGGGACACAUCACAAUCCCGCUGUGUGGCCUGACCCGGAGGUGCUGUCCCUUAAUUCUCCUAUGUUAUGCGCUGGGGUUCUAGAGGUCUAUAACCCGUUCCGAUUUGACGCAGACAACGCCAAGGGCAGGCCAUCCCUGGCUUUUAUUCCCUUCUCGGCAGGGCCCAGGAACUGCAUCGGGCAAACUUUCGCCAUGAGCGAGAUGAAGGUGGCGCUGGCGCUGACGCUGCUGCGCUUCCGCCUCCUGCCGGACAGCGAGGAGCCGCGCAGGCAGCCGGAGCUGAUCCUGAGAGCAGAGGGCGGGCUGUGGCUGCGGGUGGAGCCGCUGAGCACGCAGUGACCCCACACCUGGCCUGGGACCCCACCCCCCACGCCCCUGCACAUUCCCAACAAUAAAAAUCUUGGUCACUCGUG